AUGGCCUCCGUCAACGCCGACGGCUUCUUCUUCCUGAACACGCCCCCCGACUGCAACGACGUCAACAACAAGGCCAUCUUCAUGUCUUCGCUCGUCAAUGUCAGCGAUGCCAUCUACGAGAACCGUGACUACGGCCUGUUCACCACGGACAAGAAGGUCGGCCAGUGA